AUGAAAUUCAACAAAAGAUGUCUGACGGUGUUUUCCGAUGAGAAGCCAUUUAUGGCCAUGGGGACGAAGAGCAAGCUAUUUGAUACAUCGUUUUCUCUAACAUCCGAGCUGUUUUUGUAUGAUUAUAGCCUAGGGGUUCAAUAUCCUCCCUUACAAACAGACAACAAGUUUUAUAAGCUCAAGUGGUGUGGCUGGGGAGAUGGGGAGAUCCUAGCCACUGGAAACGAGGAUGGGAAGGUGACGCUUUAUACGCCUGCACCAGAAAAAAAUAUCUCUUUCGAGCUUCUAUCCAGCUGCUGUGUUCUUGAAGGAGAUGUGCUUGGACUGGACUUCAAUCCGUCUAAAGGAGUUCUUGCAGCAGGGUCUUCCAAUGGAAAGAUUAUAUUCUGGAACCUGAACAGACUUGACAGUCAAUAUACAAGUGACAUCCCACUUACUUCAAAUAUAACUUGCCUUUCGUGGAACAAAAAAGUAUCUAGAAUAUUAUGUGCAGGCACGGAUGAUGGGAAGAUACUCAUCCUCGAUAUAAGGGCCAAGAAUGUAGCCAUGACCCUUGGAGGAGAUGACAUAACAAUGGUAUCUGAUGUGAUGUGGCAUCCCAAUGGAUCAACAUCUAUUUUGGCCGCGACCAACCAGAAGAGACUUCAAUGCUUUAAUCUCAGCUCCGAUAGUACAUCUCAAAUAGGAGAGCAUGAAAGUGGAAUUAUAAGACUAUCCCUGAUUGAUAAAGGCUAUAUGGCAGCUUCUUCUAAGGAACAGGUGGAUAUAAUCGAAGUGAGCAGCAACAAAGUUAUUGAUACAAUUCCAGUAGAUGGAAUAUUCGAAGUAAGCUUUUCCAAGAGAGAUCCAUUGAUGGCUUUAUCGUAUGUAGGGGGAACUACUGAGAUUCUUCCUCGAGUAACUACCGAUGUUCUACCCACCAAUCCAGGAUGCAUAGUUGGAUGCAAUAUUGUUGGAAAAGAUUUAUACGAAAUUGAAGACAAGAAGAUGAAGGAUGUAGAAGAAGAUGCAUUUGUCGGAAAGAUUAAAAAGCUCCUUUAUCCCGACGGAAACUAUAGCAUUGACAGAAAAGGAUUAGGUGAGCUUUUGCUUGGAGAAGCCAUAGGAAGAAACAACAAGAAGAAUCUUGAGGUGGACGAAGAGUUAAACAAAAAGGUAUCUGGAAUGAGUCUUGAACUGAAGCUGGAUCUCGAAGAUCCUUUGACCUUGGCCUUGAUAAAGGGAGACCUUGAGGAAGCUUACUCGGAAUCUGUGGAAAGUAACAAAACAGUUCCCUUUUCACAAUUCCUUGCACUGGCCAAGGGAAGUGAAUCUUUGUCCUUUGAUUCCGAUGAUCCCCUGAUUCUUCUGGCAACGGCACAAAUUACAGCUAGGUUUUCAGAUCUGCUUGAAAAGAUAUCUACCUCCCAAUGGCUAGCCCUACUUUCCAUAAUAAGCUUUUCUCCACUAUCGGAUUCGGAUUUCUUUUCCAAUGCUUUGGAGCUAGCAAAUAAGCUGGGGAAUGAAGAAAAAUUGCUUGUGUAUGCUAUAGUCAACAGAUUAGAUGAUUACUUUGAACUAAAGGAAUCUAUGUAUAGAAUGCCAAAAAGCAUCUAUGAGGUUAGAGACUUUUUCCAAAGGUACAAAGAGAUAGUGUCUGAUUUGGAAUCGAUGGGAGGCCUUUACAAAAGCCCAAUGAUUUCGGAAUACUUUUGGUAUGCAUCAACACAUGGAGAAACACCAACUCGAAUCAAAUAUGAAGACUUGGGAAUCAACAUCUAUCUCGGAAGAGCAACUAGCAGUAUCUCCUCCCCUAAGUCCUCCUCUCCAAGCAUCGGAGAUUCAUAUGGAAGACAGAAUGUGUUUAAGAGAUCUCCAUCUUUAGAACCUCAAACCCGCCAAGAUUCUGGUGCUACAGUGAAAUAUGGAAUGGCAUCCAUUAAACCCAAUACCCCUAUGACUGGUCCUUCAUUGCUUUCCAGCCAUAGUGGAAUGAGUACUACGACUACCAGUUCCUUAGGAAGACCAAUUAUUCCCGGGGCAAGCAUCAGUUCUGCACACAAAAACAUCGUUCAAUCACCACCAUCUCCGGUAAUUUCUCAGCAAAGAAUGAAGGUACCCAGCCCCCCUCUGGGACCAAACAAAUCCCCCUAUUCUUCUGUUGGCCUGUCUGCAGCACAGAAGAUGUAUAUUCCUAGACCUGGAUACAAAACUAUGCCUAGCACGCCUACAUAUAACUCGGCAUCCAAAGGAAUCUCCCAGAAGACAUACAGCUCCAUGCCAGACAUUUCUAGUCUUUCCAGUAGCUCUCAGCCGGUGUCUACAUAUGGGACGAUGUCUCGCGGGCCUUCUUCUCAAGAACACUCAUCUCAGUCAAAUGUGUCGAAGCCAUACAUUCCUAAGCCGGGAAUUCCUUCUAGCCCUUCUCUCUCUCCCCAGAAUAAUCUCCAAAGGCCCAAUAUUCCAAUCCCACAGCCUCAGGGAAGAGAUCUAGAGCCAUCGGCCCAAAGCCAAGCUAGUAGCCCACAGAAGUCUACAGACAAUCUAAAUUCCGAGGAGAUACUUAAAACAUUUGAAAGCAUCACCGAGGGCUUAAUAGAAAAGGCAUCGAGCAAGGCUAACCUGAUAGUUAGAAAUAAGCUUAAGGAAGUUACCAAGAGACUUUCUAUAUACGGCAGUGUUGCAAAAGACACUUUCAGUCCUUUGAUUCUGGGAGGGAUCGAUAGGAUAAACAAAGAAAUCAAAAACAACGAAAAUACCGACACAAUGAAGCAGAAAGUCAGAGAGAUUAUUCUCGAAUGCACCGAGUCUGGGGAAAACAGAGCAGAUUUGUGGAUGCCCAGUAUCUACACCCUCCUUCAGAUUGUCUAUCACUAG